AUGGGUACCCUACCAAAAAAACAAGGCAUGAAAUCCGAUGGGCGGACUCUUAUGGACGAAGGUACGGACUUCUACUCAGUAACGGCAUUCAAAAAGAUGAAUGCAUUUCGUAAGGAGGGGCAGCUCUGUGAUGUAGUUAUCAAGGCAGAGGGGAGAGAAUUUUUAGCUCACCGGGUAGUUUUGGCAGCUUCCAGCGACUAUUUUGACGCCAUGUUUUCAAGUGGGAUGGCUGAAUCAGCUCAGUUGGAAGUUGAACUCAAGUCCAUUACUCCUGAAAUAAUGGAUACCCUUCUAGAUUAUGUGUACACUGGUCAAGUUCGUGUAAGCAUGGCUAAUGUCCAAGAUCUUCUUCCAGCAGCAAGUCUUGUUCAGAUGGAGGGUGUUAAAGUUGCUUGCUCUAAUUUUCUCUUGACGGAAGUAGAUUCCACGAAUGUUCUUGGCAUCAGACGAUUUGCUGAACUGCAUAACUGUGUAGAAUUAGAAAAGUUUACACGAAACUUUGCAGCCUGUAAUUUUGAGUCAGUUGUUGACUCUGAGGAAUUCGUAUGCCUCACACCUGAGGAAUUGCUUGAUCUUAUUACAAGAGAAGAUUUACACAUUGACAAUGAAGAAUCUGUAUAUAACGCUGUUAUGCGCUGGGUAUAUCAUCAACCCAUUGAAAGGGUCGCGAAUCUUCCUUCUUUGCUUCGAAACAUUCGUCUUUCAGUUAUGUCAGUUCGAUUCCUCACAGAUGUUGUGGAUAAAGAUCGUCUUAUUCGACAAUCUCUCGAGUGUCGGGAUUUGGUAGAUGAUGCUAAACGGUUUCAUUUACGUCCAGAUUUACGCCAUGAAAUGCGUGAUCGGAGAUUUCGUCAGCGUGACGGUGGCAAUGAGUACUUAGUUGUUAUUGGUGGUUUCGGUUCUGAUCAGGACCCUUCGGAUUCAGUUGAAAUGUUUAACCCACGAACCUUAGAAUGGAACGAGUUACCCGAUUUACCGAUAAGUUACCGCUAUGUAGCAGCAUGUUCAUUGGGUACAUGUGUCUACGUCAUUGGUGGUUUUGACGGAAACGAAAGACUAAAUACCGUAUAUUCUCUUGAUAUUGCUCAGAGAGAAGAAGGUUGGCGUUUACUUACUCCAAUGCACUAUAAAAGAGGUCUAUCUGCCGCUUGUACAAAUAAAGGUCUAAUCUAUGUCUGUGGUGGUUUCGAUGGUCAGUCGCGUCUUCGGUCCUUUGAAGUUUAUCAUCCAAAAAUUGACGAGUGGAGAAUUUUGGAAGAAAUGACUACAGCAAGAGAAGGUGCAGGUCUUGUUGUUGUAGAUGAUACACUUUACUGUUUAGGAGGUUAUGAUGGAUUUCACCUACUGAACAGCAUGGAAGCCUUUGAUCUUCAUUGUGGUACAUGGUCUGUGUGCAAACCAAUGUACAUGCGUCGGUCGGGAGCCGGUUGUGCUUUGUUGGGGGAUACUAUUUAUGUAUGCGGUGGUUAUGGUGGCGCUGAAGGUCGUGGUCCUUCACAUUUAGAUACUGUAGAAGCUUAUAAUACAUGGUUGGCUCAAUGGACGUUGGUUACAAGUAUGAAUGUCCCUCGUUGUUACGUUGGUGCUUGCCCAUUGGCUGGCAAGAUUUAUGUUGCUGCUGGAUAUAAUGGUAAUAGUCUACUGGAUACUGUAGAGUCGUACGAUCCAAUCGAAAAUACGUGGUGGCUACACGAAGAAAGUAGAAUGAAUCAUGAGCGAUGUGACACUGGUAUGUGUGUUGUCCGAUUCCCAACAUGUUCUGUCAGUCAAGAUACUCUUACACCAAUACUAACAUCAAGAAAUGUAGUGAACUCCAGUAAUAUUCAUUCAUCUCCAUCAGCUGUUUCAUCUGCUUCUGUUAAUUUUCACUCAGCAAUCAAUCAGUCAUCCACUUGGCAGCUAAACGAUUUUAACACAAAUCGAACUAAUAAUGUACGCGUAAACACACAGAUUUCUGUUGGUCAUGCCAAUCCAUCAUCAUUUCAGGGUAGUCCAUCAUCAUCCACUCGAAAUGUUCUGUCUUCGUCAGUCAGUGAACCCUUUCGUACUGGUUCACAAUUUGGUUGUCCUUCUGCAAGUAUGAAUAUAUGUAAUGUUAAUUCUCAAUCUCCUGGAAAUUCUCACUUGUCUUCUACUCAUCGUAGAUCCAAUCGUCAAGUUCGUAGUCAUUCUUCACGACAGAAUAGUUUGUCAAAUACUGCUCCUGUUAAUGGGAGAGAAUUAAGAAACUCUAGACCACCAAGGCAUUUACUUUCGUUGACUGCAUCCAGUUUAUAUCCUGGUAAUAUAAAUAUUUGGAAUCCCAAAAGUAUGCGUUUACCAUAUGUUGCACAAGGAAUGCAUAACCCUAGAAAUCAUAAAUCACUUGUUCCAUCCUUGUUGUGCAACCCACACAAUAUUUUACGCUGUAAUACUACACCCAUAUCUCACUUAACUCAACAGAUCGAGAAUCCAUUAUUCAAUCAUAAUGAAACUCUUAGCCAUACUUUAGAUAAUAUACCUUCUUCCUCUGAGGAAUCUUAUAUCAUCCAAAAUAAUGAAUCUACUGUCAAUUCUGCAUUCAGUAUGAUGCAACAAACCGACCAACUACUAGACAACUGCACAAACGUUGACAUAAAUGAGUUAGCCUCUAAUCUUAAUGCUUCACAUUUUGAUGCACCAACUGUUACCGGGUCUCACUUACCAGCAGCUCAGAGAAGCAGUUGUAGUAGUCCUAUUUUGGUAUCUGAUAUACAUCAUUCUGCUCCUGAAUAUGGCUCUUCUGCAUCAUGUAAGCAUGAUUUAUUUAGAUCUGUUGAUGCAAUUCACCGUCUUGAUUCAGAUAACGUUUUCUGGUCAGUAUCCAAUAUAUCGACAUUUUCUGUCAUAGAAAACCCUACUGCUAGUACUUUUUCAAAGGCCAUCACUUUUAAUGAGGACUCAUCUAAUAAUGUCGUUAUUGGGACGCAAGCUGAUAACAUUUCUGGAAAUGUUAAUUUAGAUAAUAUUCCUAGUAGAAACUAUGUUAGUUUGGUGGGCGAUUCAUCAGACGAACAAGAUCAUACUAAUACGUUUGGUGAUGUUAGUCGAGAGCAUGGUGAUUUGGUCAAGUGUACUGAUCGUUCAAGUUACAAAAUGCGCACUUUUAUGAACACUUUGAUUAAUAAACCAAGGGAACUUCAAUCAAAUCCAUGCGUUUUAUCUUCAAAUGAUUCUUCUGACUUACCUUGUGAACAACCAUGUGAUAUCACUUUAGCAUCCAGUUAUUCAUGUAAUUCUUCAGCCUCCAUACCAAUCGCUAAAGUUAAGCCAUGUUCUUCAACAGUCGUGGAAAACUCAUGUACAACAACUUUAAAUGCACUACCUCCUUCCAUACGAAACACAUCUUCCAUUCAACAAGUAAAUGAUCCAUCAAUCUGCCGCAACAAGCAAACACUUGACCAACUAUGUCAGCGGUAUAGGCCUGUAAUGCCACAUUUGUUUAAAACUGAUCCAAUAUGGCCUUUUAGAUAUAAUACUGAAUCCUGUCAGACUCAUGGUGCCCAAGAAGAUAGAAUAAUUACUUCGGCGAAUGAUCAGAAGGUCUUAUCUUCAUUAUGUGAAGUUAAUGACCAGAGAGUAAUCACCAUAGGGGAAACCUCUUUUGUUUUUGGUGUCAGCGAAUCAUCUCACGCGUAUUCUGAAUCAAAUGAUCUGCCAAUCAGAAACCAAUUAGAUGAUCCUAAUCAGACUGGUGUUUCUGUGAAACCAGAUGUUACGUGCACUACAUCAGUCGUGGAGUCCGUACACUCAACAGGUGCUCCUGGAUGUAG